GGUUAUACUGUUCUGGAGGGGAGACUUCAGAAUUGGCACGGAUCCUCUCUCAGGUUUGCAUGCAGAUUUAUACGUAUGAGGAAGUUGCAACCUUUACACCAGCUGUGGUAAACACCCUCGAAAUAUGUGCACUGGAAAAUUACCCAGAGAGGCAUAUAAGCAUGCUUGUUUUGCUUUCGAUUGAGUUUGGCUUACACAAUGGAGACCAUGGACAGCUGUGAGACAGAGGAUGAAUGCCCGGUUUGUAAGGACAUUAUUCAGAAUCCUUCAGAGCCAUCUUCAUGCUGCAGAAAAGUGUUUUGUCAGUCUUGUCUAACACAGUCCACCAGAGAACGGCAACACUGUCCCCACUGCAGGACCCCAAUACCUGCCUAUGGUGGCUUUACUUCCAGGUCUGCCAGGAUUCCCCGCAUUCACCUGCCAGGGCUCGCAGAUGACACCUUCAAUGCUGCACGACCUGUUGGCACCAACGUACAGGAUGUCCUCAACCGGCUUAGACAAUUGCCAAUGCCUGCAGUACCGGCCAAUCAGGUGGCUGCAGCCCCAGCUGCACAGGCCACUCCACCUUAUUCUGCUUUACGUCAUCAGGGAAGGCCAAUUCCCAGACCACGUGUUCGAUCCCGAGCACGAGCGAGUGUAGCUGCUGCUCCAAUUGUCCUUGUCAUUAACCCAUAUGCCUUUAAUAUCCAAGCAGCCCCUGUUGCACCAGUUGCCCCACCCCCAGCUCUAUUGAUUGGUCCAGCAAACCCCUCCCCUCUCAUUAUACCAGACUCUUCAUCCAACGAGAUCGAUGAAAUGGCUUGGAGAACUGAAAUUGCUCUCUUGGAAAAUGCACCUAGACAACCUUCAAGCCCCUCUGUGCGAACAUUCCGUUGCCCAUACUGCCAGCAGGACGGAUUGGAUGAUCUAGAUCUGCGAGAUCACUGCAACGCCAACCAUCUCAGUGACACCAGAAGUGUGGUGUGUCCAGUGUGUGUGUCACUGCCUCAUGGUGACCCACUGUACCACAGCAGGGACUUCAUUGGCCAUCUCAACCUACGCCACUGCUACUACAUUGAGGACAUAACUAACAUCCACCAAAGUGAUGAUGUCAACUUGCAGGCUGCUAUACUGAUGUCACUGACGCAAGCCAAUCAGAUUGCACGCUGAAAAAAUUCUGAGAAAAUUCCAGGGGUGGAAAUACUCAAGUGACUGCCCUUUAAGUAUUAGUAUGAAAAAUCUGUAUCUUAGUCAAGUGUUAUAAAAUUAAAUACUUGUGCUCUUACUCAGUUACACUUUUAAGAGCAGAAGACAUACUUUUUACUCCCUACAUUUUCAUUUAGGCCUUAAAAGUACUGUUUGUACUACUUCAAAGUAUUACUUUUAUUUUUCUCCAGGUAAUCCGUUGAGUUCUAGAACAUUUAAUUUAGUCUUUUUUUUAAUAACAUCAUCUAAGCAAAAUUCCUACCAGUGUAAAAUGAAACUACCCACAACUAUGCUAAUUCAUAUUUAACCCUUGUGUGUUGUUGGGGUCUGUGGGACCCAUUUUCAAUAUUUACCAAAAAAAAUGAUAUGAUUUAUUAUUAUUGCAGAAGAUAUUGAAGAACAUAGAAAAUAACACAUUUUCAGUGACCUCACACUGUUCACCCCCUUAACAUUUAUAUUACACAGGUGGUGUUGGGUGAAACUGCUGGGAAUAAAAGUGUGGAGGUGCUGUGUCCCUUUACUCUGUAGUCCUCCGACAUGGCCUGCUGUUAGUGUGUGUGUGUCUGUGUGUGUAUGAGGGUGCAUGGACAGGCUGCUGACUGGCUACAGCUGCUAAAGGAGAACCCUACGCUGGCCACUUGUGACAUUUUAAACAUCUGAUAUUUUUACAUAAAUUGUUAUGGCUGUGUGGAUUUAAAAAAAAUAAUAAUAUUGCAGUGGGUCCACCAGACCACUGAGUAGCAAACACAUCAACACCACACAAGGGUUAAGGAUCAGUAGCACUCAUUAGUCGCCACGUUAUCCCAGCAGUCAUUGGACGGACGACAAGAAACACCCUGGAUGGGUCACCAGUCCAUCACAGGGCAGAAACACAGACAUUUUGGCUCCAAACAUCCACUUUAAAUUGAAUAAAAUUUUGAUACAGUACUCAUACUUUUACUGAAGUACAGUUUCUCUGCACUCUUUCUGCCCCUGGAACAUUUGGAAAAGUUUGAGUUUUGUGGCAUUAGUACCACAAAGAGUGCCACUCUGAACCACUGGCUCCUGAUUAUUAUCUACAAGAACGUGACGGAUACAGUACAGUUGUAAAAGUACAAAAUGCAGCAAAUAAAGUUUGGGAUGCUUUUCAAAUGUAUUUCAGCAGCAAUAAUCAUAAAUCAGUGAUGAUCAAUCAUUGUUUAUUUGCACUUCUGAAGAAACAGGAUGCCUUUAAAAUCAAGGGAGCUUUUUGUAAUACUUCAUGAUUGAAUGCCUUUGCAUAUUUCUUGUCAUGUCUAAAUGUCUCAAAUGAUAAAUAUAUUUGCACUAGCGCUAAUUGCACUUCUCUUGCAGACUACUGAUAGUACAGUAUGCUUGAGUCUUUAUGUAUUUUAUUGUAACUGAAUUUUUCAAUAUGCACAAUAAAAAAGGUCCAAAGUG